UUUCUCCAAUUUAAUAAAGUUGAGAAAUUUUUACGCUGGUUUGUUUUUGUACAACGGAAUAAAAAGUUAAAUAGCCUUUAGAAUUUUGAACAAAUAACGUUUUCCUUAUAAAUUUAUAUAAAGAGUAGUGCUGAUUUCAUAAAAGAGGAAAAUAAUUAUUGAAUUGAUAAAAUGCCGCGCACCAAAGUUUCUAAAUCUACCAAACGUUUUCGUGAGGCUUCUAGUUGUGAAGAAAAAUUGCGGGAGUUCGAAGCCUCUUUUGAUGGCUAUAUGCACGCAUUGGAAAUGAAAGCCAAAUCACAAAUAGAAUCCAUUGAAGAAAAGUUUUAUAUGCUAUUAAUGCGUACCGAUUCAAGUGUGCUUAAUUUACGUAUGGGUGACGUUCUAGCGCUGAAUUUAAAAACACUGGAAGAUUGCAAAAAAUAUUCGAAUACAUUGGCCGCCAGCAGUACCAGUGGAACCAAACAAGGCUCAAAUAAACAGUUAAAUCCGAACGAUGAAGGUUACCUUACAGAGGACAGCACAAAUAGUGGCAGUGCAAUAGGUGUCUCCACAUCGAUUUUAACUGCAUACAGCCAGUCAUCUUUAAAACAGCAGCAGCAGCAGCAGCAACGUGGCCGCACUCCUGGGCCAUUAAGUUCGGCCCGAGCUCGUCGUCCUCGUCGUAGCCGGUCUGUUUGUGACGAAAUACACGCCUCAGCAAUUAAAUCUACGACAAGUUCAUCUAGUAUUAUGGAUACUCGUAUUUCUAGAAGCAAAAUGCGCACACCCACCGCAAGCCGUUCAAAGGCGUUCAGUGCUGAUCGCUCUUCUCAAAUUUGUGGGCAACAAUUCCCGUCGUCAACUUCCGUACAAUCUCCAGCGGCUGCUUUUUUAAGGUGGCCUAAACCUGGUGAGGUAGUUUUAUCCAAAUGUGGAAGUCCAGUGGUAGCACAUGUAAUGCCGGAUAAAUACGCUAAUGUUAAUAUUCCUACAAAAAAUGGAAUUUUUUCUUUACGUCCAAAGAAAUUGGAGGAAUUGAAAACAGACAUCAUAGAAGCAAUAGAUUCAGACACACUUAACCAAAUCAGAACACUGCAUGACAACCUAAAUUUAAUUAUGAAAAUGGCUGACGGUUCGUUGCCGAAAUAGUUCUUCGCAACGUAAUAAUAUCUCUCAAUUCAUACAAAUUCCUAUAAUCUCUUCUAAAUAUAAUAUUAACAUCAUACACUUCUUACUUUUUCUUUUUAUCUUCAAAUCAACAACUAUAAUGGACACAACGUUUAAAAUUGUUAAUGAAAUGAAAUUAAAUAUUUAUAAAACACAAUAAUUUAGAAACUUAUCAUUUCUAUAUGUAAUUCCGUAUACAUGUAGUUUAGUAAUUAAUAAAGCAAUAAAUAAGAAAUUCAUUACAUCCUUCAA